AUGGCAGCUCCCCCAUCUUCGCGAGGUGGCAGCCAGACGCGCAGAGUGCCCACCAUGCGACCGAACGUCGGGCGACCAGCCCCAAACAGAGCGCAAACCGCAACACCUACCCUCACCGGCAGAGUCUCACCCGCAGAGAGCGUGGCAUCGUCGAAAAAUAGGACGCCGAAGAGAAAAGCCCCGCAAGAGAUGGUAGAGGCUCUGACCGAAGAGACCAAUAUCAACGUCGUCGUACGAUGUCGUGGACGGAGCGAUCGCGAAGUCAAGGAAAACUCGGGUGUUGUCGUCUCGACGGAUGGCAUCAAGGGCAAGAAGGUGGAAUUGUUGAUGGGACCCAGCGCGCUGAGCAACAAGACAUAUCAGUUCGACAAGGUCUUCUCGUCGGCUGCAGAUCAGGGAAUGAUCUUUGAGGAAGUCGUUUCACCGAUUUUGGACGAGGUAAGUGAUGAGAUGUAAAUUGAUCAAAUCCAUACUGACCGAGUCAGGUUCUCAACGGCUUCAAUUGCACCAUCUUUGCCUAUGGACAGACGGGUACAGGAAAGACGUACACGAUGUCUGGCGACAUUGCAGACAUUGUGCCGGUUCCUGAAGCCGCAGGAAUUGUUCCAAGAGUACUACACACCCUGUUCGCCCGACUCGGAGAGGACGGCCAAGAUAAGGCUGAGCAUAGUGUCAAGUGCUCCUUCAUUGAAUUGUACAACGAGGAGUUGCGAGACCUUCUUGCUGCUGACGAUAAUACAAAAUUGAAGAUCUAUGACGAAGCGAAUAAAAAUGGCCGAACCACCACUCUUGUUCAGGGAAUGGAGGAGAGCCACAUCAAGACUGCUUCCAAGGGCAUCCAGCUGCUGCGAAAUGGAAGCCAUAGACGACAAGUUGCUGCGACGAAGUGCAACGACCUUUCUUCCCGCUCACACACUGUCUUCACCAUCACGGUGUACAUGAAGCGCACUUCGGACACUGGUGAAGACUACGUCUCAGCGGGCAAGCUGAAUCUUGUGGACUUGGCUGGAUCUGAGAAUAUACAACGCUCCGGAGCAGAAAACAAGCGCGCUGCCGAAGCAGGCCUAAUCAACAAGUCGCUUCUCACACUUGGCCGCGUGAUCAAUGCCCUUGUCGACCGAGGCAGUCACAUUCCGUAUCGAGAAUCGAAGUUGACACGUCUGCUCCAGGACUCGCUCGGAGGACGGACAAAGACCUGCAUCAUCGCUACACUUUCUCCGGCAAAGAGUAAUCUGGAAGAGACAAUCAGCACCCUAGACUACGCGUUCCGAGCGAAGAAUAUCCGCAACAAGCCUCAAAUCAACCAGAUGGUGUCCAAGAAGACUCUCCUGAAAGAGUUCACCUCGGAGAUCGAGAAGCUCAAGUCAGAGCUGAUCGCAACGAGGCAGCGCAACGGUGUGUAUCUCACUUCGGAGACUUACGAGGAGAUUACCACUGAGUCGGAGUCACGCCGGAUCUUGAGUGAAGAACAGCGCGACAAAAUUGCAACCAUGGAAUCGAACCUGCGGAACAAGGUCCAGGAGCUCUUCGUUCUGACCAGUAACUUUCAUUCGCUCAAAAAGGACACUGAGAGCACUCGUGCCCAACUCGAGGGUACCCAGAGCGUUCUGGGCAAGACUGAAUUGGUCCUUGAGCACACUAAGCGAGCGUUGGCGGAAGAGACUCAUCUUCGCCAGGCCCACGAGGAGACUGAAGAAAAACUAGCUGAGCUCGGCGGAGAUCUUCUGGGUACAUUGGAGACGACAACUAACCACGUAGACAAAUUACAUUCGAAGCUCCGAAGGCGGUCAGACUUGCAAGACACAAACAGAAUGCGCUGGGCAGAUUCCCAGGCUCAAGUGACCAACACCACCGGGACCGUGGAGGACCGCAUCGAGGCUUUGCGAGCUCAGCAAGAGGGAUUGCUCUCCGCUCUCUCAGGCCGCAUGCAAUCGUUUGUUGCAGACGAGUUGAACGAGCUCAAGACUUCUCAGGAUUUCUUGAAGCUUAAGGCGGCGGCGUUCGAGGCUUCAGAAUCAGAGGUCAAUCAGCAAACCAGCAAAGCAAGAGAUGACAUGAACCAAGUGCUGCAAGAAAUCGGUGCGCUGCGCGAAGAUAUCAAGCACAAGGUAGGCGCCGGGCUGAACGACCUGUCUGGUGCCGCUCAACGGAUUAGUGCUGGCAUCGCCACGGAACUCGAUGCUUUCCAUGUGCAGCUACAGGACUCCUACGUCUCGCUUGGCCGCGACUUCAAGACCUUGUUCGAGGACCUCAUUCGUCGCUUGAACGAGCAACAAGCCGAGGCACAGAGACUCCGCCAGGAGAUUGCAGAAGCAAACAACACUUUCGUCGAAGCUGGCCAGUCGUCGCAGGCGCGGCUUAGAGAGGCAGUAGACAAGGAGCGGGAGAUUGCUACCAAGGAGCGUGAGACCCUAAUUACGCAAAUUACUUCCCUUGUAAACAACUCUGCUGCUGCCCAGGAAUCUCGUAUGGCCGGAUACCUUGAGAGCGCCAACAAGCGCAUUAAGACUUCUGAAGACGAGUAUCGAGUCGCUCAGCAGACGUACGGGGAUGGCAUGGACUGCUGGGCCGCCAAUGGCCAAGCUCUCGUCGACUCAUCUAUCAGAGCUCGAGAGACAAUUAAGAAUAAGCUCAAGGCUGACUGGACCAACGCGAAUGAGAGGUCCCUUAAGAUCACCGAAACGACGAACGCUGUGCACGGGGAGACUGUGCGAAUUGUCGAUGGACAGAUGGCUCAGAUGGAUAACCAGUUGGUUGCGCUGGACGAGAUCGUCUCCAGAGUCCGUGCCGAGAACGAAGGACACCACGCCGCGCACACUAGCAGUAUCGGGCAACUGGCGAAGAACGUCCAGGAGAGUUACCGCAACAUCGGAGACCACUUCGAGACUUCAUACAGCCGCACGCAAGCACUGGACGUUGACAUGCAAGAACGCACCGAUGCCAUCAGUCAAACUCUGCCAAGCAUGGAGGUGGACAGUCAUAUUCGACAGCCUCUACGCAUCCUGCGCGAAGAGUUGGGUGCGUCUCAGAUUGUGGAAUAUGCCGUCACCGGCGAGACACCAGCGAGGAUGCAGUACACAUAUCCCACCGUCUUGCCUAGAACUGAGAACCACCAGACGCUCUUAGAUCGUAUGCGCGGGACCGUGAAGCAGGAACCUUCGACCUCGCCAGCGAAGUCGCCUAAGAAGCGAUCAGCAGCGAAGUCGUCGCCUUCCAAGUCGAGGAGCAGCCCGACGAAAGCUCACUCGAGCCCGACUAAGACCAAUGUCUUCACGGACAUGCCUCCGGCACUGAUCUUGACUGCACCCGAGUCUACUCCAGUCACCCGUCCAGCAACCGCAAGUAGUCAGAACAGCAGUCUACGCGAGCUCGAUGUUAACGUGACUACAACAGGGCUUGCAACUGUCGCCACUAGCGAGCAGGGUGUUGAGAAGGGACCCGAAAGCUGCAAGGUGCCCGCUCCGUCCUUGAAGCGACAGAGAACUGACCCGCUGCCAUCAUCGCAGGUCGAUAGCAAGUUGCCGAUGAAGCGUAGCACGCGAAUGACCGUGGGAGGUCUUGUUGCGGAAGCCCAAGAGAAGGAGAACAUCAACCUGAGCUCUAGCGUUGGACCUGCUCCCGGCCGCCGGUUGCGAAGUCGAGGAAGUGACUGA